AAAUAAUUAUCAAGUGAUUUGUAUCAUCAGGCAAAAUGCUGCUCGACAUACUUCAGUGCCAUCAGUAUCCAACUGACUUUCAUCAAGUCAUCAACGCACACACGCCACAUCCAGAUAGCCACGUGUUUAUAAACAAAUUUUCUGAAGAUGGAUGCAUUUAAAAAAGGAUGGUUCAGUGAAAUCAAUGAUCUUUGGCCUGGUAUAUCUGUGUCUCUUGAAGUUACUGAUGUUCUUCAUCGUGAAAAAUCUAAAUAUCAAGAUAUACUUGUUCUUGAUACAAAAGCACAUGGAAAAACAUUGGUACUUGAUGGAAUAAUUCAAUGUACAGAACAUGAUGAAUUUUCUUAUCAAGAAAUGAUAUCAUUUUUACCAUUAUGUAGUCAUCCAAAUCCUAAAAAUGUUUUAAUUGUUGGUGGUGGUGAUGGUGGUGUUGCUAGAGAAGUUGUAAAACAUCCAUUAGUUGAAAAAGUUGUACAAGUUGAAAUUGAUGAAUCUGUACUUGAAGUAUCACGAACAUUUUUGCCAUUUAUGGCAUCAGGUUUAGAUCAUCCAAAGGUAACAGUUAAUGUUGGUUGUGGUUUUCAAUUUAUGAAAAAUCAUUCAAAUGAAUUUGAUGUUAUUAUUACAGACAGUAGUGAUCCAGUUGGUCCAGCUGAAGUACUCUUUCAAGAGUCUUAUUUUGCAUUGAUGAAGACAGCAUUAAAACCUGGUGGUAUUAUUUGCAGUCAAGCUGGUACUGCAUGGGCUAAUUUAAGUCAUGUCAGUGAAACAUUGACUCAUUGUAAAGCAAUUUAUCCAGUUGCUGCUUAUGGUGUUGCAUCUGUACCAACAUAUCCAACUGGACAAAUUGGAUUUGUUCUUGGUAGUCUUAAUUCUGAAACAAACUUUAGAGAACCUAUCAAAGUAUUUACUGAUAAACAACUUGAUGAUAUGAAAAUGAGAUAUUACAAUGAUAAAAUUCAUCGUGGUGCAUUUGUUUUACCAAGAUUUGUUGAUAAAAUAUUAACAAAUAAUAAAAAUAAUCAUAUUUUUGAAAAAAGUCUUUCAUGAAGAAUAAAGGUUUUUAUUAUGACAAAUAAAUUAUGCAUUAUUUUUUUUUUUUAAUUAUUAUUUUUCAUUUUUUAUUAAUUAUUAAAUUUUAACUCGAUGAAUUUUUCAACAAUAGUACAAUAAAUUGUUAGAAAUGAUUAAUGUAAAAACAAUAUAAAUAAAAUUAUUUAACACUUCACAGUAUUGACACAUAAAUUUAGAUUUUUUUUUUCAUUUUUUUUUAUAUUCUAUUGCAAAUUAUUAACAAGGCUUUAUUGGCAUUUUUAUUUUUUUUUUUUAUCGAAGAAUAUAAAUACAAAGAUUAUCUAAAAAAUAUUUUUUUAUUUAACAUAAUAAAAUUAUGCAAUUUUUGCGCGUUGAAAGCUUGUAUAUAGAAUAAAAAUUGACAUUAAUUUUUGUGGUUUUUUUUUUAUGUACUAGUGUAUACAUAUAAUAUUAUUACGAAUAAGUAUAAUUUUUUUAAAUCAUCAAUUAGUCUCGAAUUAGUUGAUUGACUUUGUGGCAAGCUCGUCAAGGUAUACCAAAUUUAAAUUCAAUAAAUUAUCAAUUGACAAUUAUUGAGUAUUAAAUUUUAAUAAUAAACAAUAAAUUUUUUAAUAUUUUAUACAUUGUGUUUAAUAAUUAUUAGUUAAGCAAAUAAUUUAAUUUUUAUAAAACCCAAUGUGUGUAUAAUAAAUUGACAAAAAAAAAUUGUUUAUUUUAUUUUUUUUUCAUGAUUUUUAUCUCAUAAAUUCUUUGAUUCUUUGUAGAAAAUUUUUUUAAUCACUGUAAAUUUUAUAUAUCACUUGUCCCGGUUUAUCAAGGAACAUUUAAAAUUGCACUUGAAUUUUUAGAAAAAAAAAAGCUGCUGUUUUCAUCGACCGCAAGUGUUUGAUUAAAUAAUAAUUUAAAAAAAUGAGAUUCAGUUGGGUUUAAUUAAAAAGAAAAAGAAUAUAAUUGAAAAUAAAUCAUAAAAAAUAAUAUAUAAAUAAUUUUUUGUAUUAAUAAAGUAUAUUGUCAAAAAAAAAAAAAAUAAUAAUGAGGGAAUCACGGAGCCACAUGGCAUCUUCGUAAUUUCAGAAAAUCAAUAAAAUUAAAUGAUAUGUCGUUUCUCAUGUGUUAAACGUCUUGCGUUCUCAACGAACUUAAUAAUUAUAAAAGCAUAAAAUUAAAUUAAUAAAAAAUAAUAUUAAAUAAGUAUUUAAUAAUAAU